AUGGCAAAGUUUCUUUUCUGGGGCAUGCUGUUGUACGUUGCCGAUAUCAGCGUCAUUUCUAUCUGCCCUCCCGUUACAUACAGUGGUGCACCCUGGUCUUACACAGACGACAGCACUAACCUAAGCCAAUGGGCCAAAAAUAUCCGCACAAUGUGUUCCGGAUUGGUUCAGUCUCCAAUCGAUUUAGACGCCAACACGGCCACCUACUUAGGCUCCAAAAACGAUUUCGUGGUUGAAAUUUCAAGUAACUCUCCAAACACUCCUGAAAAUUUCACCGUUGAAAACAAUGGACACUCCCUGCAAGUGCAAGUUGCAGAAGCACAAUGGCACAUUACACUUAAAAAGAAGGCGAAGGACUACUACCGUGUCCUCCAAUUUCAUUUUCACUGGGGCAAUACGAGUAAACGGGGAUCGGAGCACACAUCUGACAAAGCAUGUUUCCCACUGGAGAUGCAUAUUGUCGGCUACUCGUCCAUAUAUGACAACGCAGCGCAGGCAAAACACUCUCCCGCGGGUCUGACUGUUAUUGGCGUCUUUUUCAAAAUGACGAAUAAGCCGGCUGGAUCAAGCCUUUUAAAAAUGGGCAACCUCUUAUCUGCAAUCGACAGUCUCACUAACGCUAGAUCGACAGCUAACGUGAGCUACUUCGAUCCCAAGGUCCUUUUGCCUGAAAACAAAGAAUUCUUCCGUUACCAGGGUUCUCUUACCACACCACCAUGCACAGAGAAUGUUCAGUGGACGAUGAUGAGACAUGCUCUGCAUGUAAACGAGGCAGAUCUGAAGAAGUUGCGAUCUCUGCGUUUUGGUGAUAGCGAUGGCGGCAAACCGAUGCAGGAUAACUUUCGCCCAGUGCAGCCGCUGACUGCCGAACAGGCUCCCCAACCGCGGGUGUUGUAUAAGUCCUGGUCUUCGGCCUCAACUGCUCUUGCAGCUGGGCUCUGCAUGGUCAUACUAGGCAUCACCUUCAGCACGCUUUCAAAUUGA